AUGAACACCAAACUUGACGAAACACUAACACAUACCAAAUGCAUAUAUGAGAACAUAAUAUCAAGUAUUCAUCAAACAGCACAGGAGGUCUUAGGAAUCAAACAAAAUAAAAUUAGUAACAAGUUUUGGUGGAAUGAAGACGUCAAAAAUGCGGUAACAGAAAAGAAAAGAUUAUACCAUAAGUGGUUGAAUACAAAAGAUGACGCAGACAAAGAACGAUACAAUGAAAUGAAGAAGAAAACUAGGAAGAUAAUUAUGACCUCCAAAAAUGAGACAUGGGACAGAAGGUGUAGAGAGAUAGAAUCUUUAUUGGAGGACGACAAUGCACUGAGGCGUGGAAGUUUAGAAACUCUGUUAAGAAGCUGA